AUGGCUCAGUCUAUUGCAGAUGAUAUUAAAUCGCUGUCACAGCCAUCUACUGACAAUACUGUUGAUCUAGAUGCGUUCUUCAGAGAACAAUUUAGUGUCACGUAUGAUCUCCUGGCUUCCGUUAACGAUGCUAAGAAGCCUACGAAGGCUCAAGCAUUUUACUUGAUGUUUCCCGCCGAGUCCGAAGUAGUGCAGCAAGAGUACGAACUUAUGCACGAAUUUCUGAAGAGGCACAAUGCUGUGACCUAUUCGAGUCGACUUCCGGAAGAUUGGGAGAGAUUUGCACGUACAAUACAGAAGGGAGUUGUCUUGGCUCAUCAAAGCUUUAUGAAUUACCAUGCCCUACCUUACUUCAAGGAACUGAUCCAGCGAAACGUCAGCUUCUGGAGCCUUUCUUUAACUAGGCCACUGCAACACGCUGACCACUCCUCGCAUUUUCAACGCAUAUUCCCUCAUGGCGGUGUCAUUCUAAUUACAGAAGACUUCGUGCUUAGGGACCCAGAGGCCACGCUCGUCAUCCUGGCGUGGCUAAAGGAUUGGAUAAGGCAGAAAUUCCAGGGGAGCUGGAAGGUCAUGUUCCGUCCAAAUAUCCUGGACUGGCUCCUGAAGCAACCUGAACCUAAGGAUCCGUUGAGACAGGGAAUAUGGUUGAGCAUGUAUGCUCUGAUCGUUCAAUUAAACACUGGCGUGGUAGGCGAUGAGCACCACGAAGAUCCUGUGAUUUCACUCGACGCCAUCCCGCUCUAUGGGUCUCGCACUGAAGACGAUGAUGCAAGUAUACCGAAAGGGCUCACACAGGAGCAAAGGAAUACCGACCACCUUGCAGAGUUUUUUGCCGGUUGGGCGAUACCUGGGAACAUGUUGAGAUCAGAUAUGGUGCAAAAAAAAUCUAUGAGCACCUUCGAGGUUGAUUACAAGACAUACUGGGACAAAGUGAAGCCUAGGCUAGGCAAACUAGGUCUAUCGUCAGAGGCGAAAUCCCAAAAUCAGAAUCCCGCCUAUACCCCUCGGACCCCUGGAGCGAAUGGUCCUUCAGCCGAUGGGUUGGAUGUCUCGAGGCUCGGCGGCUUUCCUCACGGUUCUUUGAGGCUGAAAUACCCUCAACCGUACCAAUGA